GCCCCUUCCCAUCUUUAUUCAAUCCCUUUUCCUUCUCGUUUGAACGGAGAGAAAAGAAAAAAUAAAAAAUAAAAUCAAGAACCCUCCUUUUUCCUCAAGAAAAAUUUUCCCCAAUUUUUUUUCGUUGAGAUUUCUUGGGCCGAUCGAGGUUUGUGCUGGUUUUUUCCCCUCGAUUUCGAUCUGGUUUUGCCCUGAUUCGAUGCCGGACAAUGUAGCGUCAUCAUCGCCUGACGCCGUCGAGGAGGCGAUGAGGAGGUUGAAUUUGGAGGAGAAUCCUGAUGGUGUUGAUGAUGCGCAUGGGAGUCCAUACCCUGAUCGUCCCGGCGAGCCGGAUUGCAUGUAUUAUCUGAGGACUGGGCUUUGUGGAUAUGGGAAUAAUUGCCGGUAUAAUCAUCCUACUCACAUUGGCCUGGGAACUCAGUACACCGGUGAGCUUCCGGAGAGAACUGGUCAGCCUGAUUGUCAGUAUUUCCUUAAGACCGGUACUUGCAAAUAUGGACCAACAUGUAAAUAUCAUCAUCCGCGAGACAAGCAUGAUUCUCGGCCAGUGUUGCUGAAUAUUUAUGGCCUUCCAAUGCGUCAGGAUGAAAAAUCAUGUCCAUAUUACAUGAGAACUGGGUCUUGCAAGUUUGGAAUGGCUUGCAAAUUUCAUCAUCCCCAACCUGCGGCUCCUGUUGGAGCCAUCUAUCCUACAACUGGAUCCUCUUCCUAUGGAUUCACAGGAUCAUCUAUGGCAACUCCAACAAGUCUACCAUUAUUAGGUGGACUUUCAGCAUGGACUUUAUCAAGGCCACCUUAUGUAUCUAAUAACAUGCAAGGCCUCCCUGCAUACAUGCCUGUCACAAUUCCACCUUCCCAAGGCGCUAUUCAUCUGCAACAUGGUUGGAGCACAUAUGUGGGCAAUGCAGGGCAUGCACCAUCUACUGAUGUUCUUGGACUUCAGAUGUCGAACUCCAAGCAACACUCGCAGUCAGGUUCAAGCAACCAACCAUAUUUCCCUGAAAGACCUGAUCAACCUGAAUGCCAAUAUUACAUGAAAACUGGAAGCUGUAAAUACGGGACGUCAUGCAAGUAUAAUCACCCAAAAGAAAGAAACAUCUCACUAGCAAAUUACACUGUUGGACCCCAUGGGCUCCCUCUUAGACCAGGUAUGGCUGCCUGCACAUUUUACAAUACAUAUGGAAGCUGCAAGUAUGGUUCCGCUUGCAAAUACGAUCACCCCUUCAUGGGAUACUAUAACUACAACCUUCCUGCAUAUUCGACCGGGUUUAAUACCGAACGGAAUCCACAAACUUCAUGGUCAUCAGUGGAAACUCUGCCAUCCAGAGCUUCGAGGUUUAAUGACCAACAAUCUGGAACCAGUAACGGAACUCAGGAUGUGGAUAAAUCUGUGGAUGGUGAUCACUCUGCAAAAACUUCUCCGACGCACACUGAACCGUAUUCAGAGCCUCCACAAGAUCACAGCAAUUGAUAGAUACCUCGCAAAGCUCAAUUUUUGAUCGAUUUCAUGGAAAGAUUUUUCUGCUUUUUUGUCAUUCCUGUCUCCCUCCUCCACCCAUCGUUUUACCUUCUGCAGAUCGAUAUAAUACGGGCAAUGACAGGAUGCUCAAUUGUCGACAUGUCAAAUAAAAUGCAGAUGAAAAUGUAAGCCUUUUCUUUAAAUUAUUUUUCUUGAACAAAAUUGCACCAAUUUAUUUCAAGAGGAAACAGAUACUUUUGCCGG